UGAAAUUAAGCACAUUCGAUGGUAAAUGUUUUAGUUCAAUUUCUUCAUUCUGAUAAUUUACAUCGGAAGAGGUGUGAGUAAAAUUCAAAUUUAUCGAAAAACUAAUUGUCGCUUUACGUCGAAAAUAAAAUGGGAGAUUCACCGCCAAAAUAUGGAUUUCUGCCGAGUGUGUAUAGCUCAGACCCAGACAAAUAUUCUGGGUUUGCCUUGUCGUAUGGAAUGCCGAUUCCAUAUCAAGAACCAUUACAAUCCCCUACACCAGAGUCACUACCAACCACUCCAUACCCAUUAGUGAAUCCUUUUCAGAAUUUAACAACUGAAACCGAAUCGAAUGAGCCUUUAGAUAUUGGGGCUCCUAGAACUUUUACCGGCGGAUAUUCAUGGCAAAUUAUUGGACCCGAAUCCAGUUUUCCCUAUACGUCUGCAGUUCGUGCCGGCCGCGAUGCAGACGGUUCGCCGAUAUUUGUUGGUCGUGCAUUCCAUGAAGGAGACAUGGUCCCCGCCAAAGUUCAUCCGGAUAAACGUAUUGCAUACAUCAGCUAUCAGGGAGAGGAGAUAGCGAAAGACGAAUACGAAGUAUUACGUUCCGGUGAAUUUGUAUGGGAGUUUGCUUGCAACGGUGAGAUUCCGAUUGGUGCAAUUGUAAUUGGUAAAACUGCUGAUGGCGAAGAUCUAUAUUCAGCACGAUGCUUAUAUCGAGGAACGCAAACGCCCGGAAAGUUGCAUCCAUCUCACGGCUGCUUAUAUAUUCCGUUUGGUGGCGAAGAAGUUGCGAUUCAAGAGUACGAAGUUUUGGUAUUGAAAUAAAUUUUGGGAUUGAGUUCGAGUUGGGAUUAAUAAAGAAAAUUUGUGCCAUCAA